AUGAUAUUCGCGACUCGCUUGCCCUCGCCAGUACGAGAACGACCCAUGAACAUAAGCAACGUCGAUGCAAUUGCAAUAAAGUCUGCGAAUCCUUGUCCAAGUCAGUGUGGGCGGCUGCGUGUCUCGGCGCGACAACGACCGGAGCCCAAAACCUUCCGCUGUGAAAUUGCGAGCCAAAGGAUUCUUGGGCUCUCAUCAAAAGCCCUCGAGUGUGCGAGUCUCUCGGGGAACGAGGGCAGCGACCGUGCCCCUUCGUCGCUCUUCACUGACUGGUGCUCACGGCGGUAUCCACCGCAGGAUCCAGGAAUGCAGGAGACUGACAGUGAUGAACGUUCUCUGGGAUUCUUCCAGUGCGACUUCUGCGGGAAAAGUUUCGGCUCAAAUGGGGAUCUCGCGAGACAUUCGGUGGUGCACAGUCGAGAGAGGCCUUACCCGUGUGAAAUGUGCGGAAAGUGUUUCGGAAGGAAAGAUACUUUAAUGAGACAUUCCAGUCUUCACACGGAGUCGAAGCCUUUCGCUUGUGACAUUUGCGGUCGAGCGUUUCGGCAGAAGAGCAAUUUACUGAGUCACCGUUUGGUGCACACGAAGGAAAAACCUUACGAAUGCGCGGCGUGCGGGAAACGCUUCGGCCAAAAGAGCAACUUGGUUAGCCAUUCACUUCUUCACACGGACGAGAAGCCCUUUGAAUGCACCGUCUGCGGGAAGCGUUUCGCGCAGAAGAGCAACCUCAAGAGCCACGCCACGACACAUACAAACGAGAAGCCCUUUGAGUGCGUUAUUUGCGGCAAGAGUUUCGGACAAAGGAGCGGUCUGCUGAGCCACUCUUCGGUGCACAGCAAGGAGAAGCCCUUUGAAUGUGGCAUUUGUGACAAGUCUUUUCGACGCAGGGACAUGCUUGCUCAACACGCCUUUGUGCACACAGGGGAAAAGCCCUUCAUGUGUGACAUCUGCGAGGCGCAAUUCUCGCGCAAGAGCAAUCUAACGAGGCACCGCUUCGCCCACAAGACGGAGAAGAAACAGGGACCUCAAUGCCUACUGAUAGCUUAUUCAGCAUUAUUUUUCGUCAUUCAACUUUUCCCCGAUAAAAGCUCAAAUUAUUUGGUAAUUUGUACACCAUUACUAGUUCCUUGGUACUUGGGAAAGGCCACAGGUCUUCAGGAAAAUGUUAAAAAUAUAAACCAGUCAUUUAGCAGCCGGAGCAAUCUGAAGACACACGCCAUGGUUCAUGCCGGGGUCAAGCCGUUCUCGUGCGAUGUAUGUGGGCGGCAAUUCAGCCAAAAGGGAAAUCUUCUGAGGCAUUCUUCGCUGCACUCCCAGAAGAGGAAGUUGUUUGGGUGCGACGUUUGUGGAAAACACUUUUUUUAUAAGCUUAAUUUGGUGAGACAUUUUGCUGUACACAAGAAGGUUUCAUCCAAGGAAAGGGAGCUUCCUGGAAAUGAUAUAGACAAGAAAGAAAUAUCUUUGAAGUGCAACGUGUGUGGACUGCAGUUCAUGAAGAUACGAAACCUAAUAACACACUUGAAGGUCCGGCACAUCCAGCAGAGUACUGAAAGAAAAUGA